AUGACAGAUGGUAAAAAAAAAUCAAUAAUUUGAUUAGUGAAUUGAGUUUAUAAGCUUCAAAUCUACUAACUCUUGAAUUUCAAGUUCUGUCUGGAGAAAUUGUGUGCUCCUGUUUGCAAACGAACUGUGUGUUAGUUCAAGGCGAUCUUGGUCUCCAGUAAAUCCUCAGUAGUAUUCCAUGAGCAGUCAUCCAGCAGUCUUACAGAAACUAUUUGUAUGGUACACGUCAUGUAUAUGGAAUCAACUGUCAACUCGUGUCACCAAUUCAGCAGUGAGUCUGACUGCCCGAUGACUGCAUUACAUAGUUGUAAAUUCUGGGUGUUGCAGUUGUGUCUACAGUUUGUAUUUACUACAAAGAAUCGUUUUCAGAAAAAUGGAAUGGCCAAGGAAUGCUACGAACGUGCAGAGCAUGUAGCAUGGCAAGAUAAUGAAACUUGGACUGUAUUGUACUUCCCACUUACACGAAUACAGUGUGCAAGCAACAUUGCAUGCUAACAGCGGACUCUUCAUUGCAACAGCCGAAAAUGCUGAAUCGGCCGUCACCAUAGUUCACACAACAACUUGUGAUCGCAUGAAGCUCCCACUUUUCAAUGUUGCCAGCCUAUGACUCCAUUGUGUCUGUCACCUAACAUGGCAUAUUUCAAUGUUCUCUUAUGUUUGAGCCUUCAUGAGGUACACACACUCUGAAAUUACAUGGUGUAUUAUGUAUGUAUGUGUGUAAGAAUGAAUCGGUGAACAAUAAAACA